ACCCAGAAGCCCAGGCCCGGGCGGGGCCCUUGCUCCCCUCUCCCUUCCCCUCUGGGGGGAACCAGCCCCUCUCCCCUCGCCUGCUGACCAGGGGCCUGGGUGGGGCACGGAGCUGAAGAAGGGGACCUCCCUCCACGUUCCCCAAGAGCCCAGGAAAGGCCUCUCCUUGGAGGGAGAACCGGAACAUCCGGCUGCCCGACCCCGCUCCCCUUCCCCCAGCACUGGCGCUGAGGACUGAGGCUCAGGAGAGGCCACAGGACCCUGACAUCCUUUCCCCGCCGGAGCCCCCAGGGUCCACCAUGCGGUGCCCGCUGCCCCUCCUCCUCCUCCUGGCCCACCUGGGCAGCUUGAGAGGAACAGGGCCAGGGCCGAGCCUGACUCUGCAGGUGAAGCUGAAGGGGGCUCCUCAGGCCAGCGCCCCCAGUGACUCCAGCCUCCUGGAACUGCUCAGAGAGCUCUGCCUGCUCCUGCACCUCCCAUCGGGGGCCAGCGUUACCCUCCAUUCCAAGGGACCCCACCACCACAUCUGCAAAGCCUGAGAGCAGCUGCACCCGCGCUGGCUGGGCCCUGCCGUCUUCAGCAGGCCCUGCCGCGUCAGUAAACACGCUGGGCUGUUCGGGCCGGGGUUGGGGGGCUGUGGGCACAGAGCCAGCGGGAACAGUGACCUGGCUGUCCCAGCCUGUGAGCAGGGGCCUAGGGGCGGGCGUCAACACCACAGCUGCAGGCCUACAGGAAACACACACACACACACACACACACACACAGACUUUUCCACCUGAGGCCUUCAGACAACCCCAAUAAAGGAAAGUAAGUUAUUAGA